UUCCGACCAAGCAGAGUAAUUCUUCUUCUUGCUCCAAUCCUGUAACGUACCGGGUAGCCUUCCAGACGCCGAAAUAUGAUUCUGUUAUCAACACUCAGUCCUUUCUCACGGACGCAGUGGCACUACCUUGAUUUCAGGACAGGCCGCGGGUUAUGGUUCGCUCGGAUAGUAUCCGAAGGUCCACUUUCUUCCACCUGCAUCUGACACCGUUAUAUUUAUGGAGUGUCCUCCUUGAACCUGUGGCAUGUUGUUCAUAAAAGGAAUUGGGAUUUACCAACAUGGAACCAAUGUCUGUUCUCGUCAAUUCUUUCACAAACCUUGCUAUUCUUCUAUUAAUUGCUUGAUGAACCUUGCAGAGUGGAAACUCUCUUUUCUUUCACCGAGGCUGAGGUUUCAGUUUCCACCACAAAACAAAGUUAUACUCAUAACAUCAAUAAUGUUGUGAGUUUUCCAGUGCAAUACAUCCCAGACGUUAUC